AUGCCCAAGUCCUCCAACGCAGCAGCCAAGGAGAAGUACCAAGCCGUUAUCGACGACGCCGGACGGGGCGACUUCUACUGUAAGCACCAGACCCAGCCCGUCCUCUUUCCCAUAAACCAAGUACUAAGUGAGCAACAAUCGCAAGGCCGCACCAACCGGUACGGCACCACCCGUCACCCGUCGAGCGGCGACUGUCUUGCCACGAACAAAGUCGACCACCCAGUGCGACGAAGGAGCAGUGCUGCGAACGACCCGCCUCGUAUGAGGGACAAGCUCAGUGAGAUGUUCUUGAACAGACCGGCGUUUUGA